ACUAAAAUGAAAAAAAAAAAUCAAGAAAGCGAAAGUAGAAAAUGAAAAUGAAAAUAAUGAGUGUAGAGAUGAGAUUAUCCAAAAGAAGGGGAUAUGGUGUCCAAGUGGCAGAGCCCGAAUGGCUAAAGCAACAGCAUUGGCUCGCUUCCAAUAAUCCAGUCCAGGAAAAAGAUAUCCCCUCAACUCCAUGCCUCUCAAAAUCUCUUCACUUUCCUUAAUUUUAUCUAUUUUGUAUAAUAUCAAAUAAUACCAAAAACUGGUUGUGUAAACUUGAAGAGCAAAAAAUUUGUAGAGAGAGGAAAUGGCAACCAGCAGCAUCGCAUCUGCUGCCUGCGGAUUUGUGUUGGCACAAAAUGUGACGUCAAAUUCCAACACUCUGAAGACCAACAUGGUAUGCUUCUCUACUAAGAACAACAGAAGUUCAAGACUGGUUGUCAGGGCGGCGGAAGAGGCGGAGAAACCGGCCGCCGCCGCCACCGCCGAUGCACCUGCUGAAGCCCCUAAAGCAGCCAAGCCACCACCAAUUGGGCCCCCAAGAGGCUCUAAGGUAAGAAUCCUUAGGAAGGAAUCGUACUGGUACAAGGGCGUCGGCUCAGUUGUUGCUGUGGACCAGGUGAGAUACCAUAUGAUACGUCAAAAUCAUAUAAAUUGUCAAUUACUUAUAUUUGGAGUUUUUAUUGUUUAUGUAUACGUUUCCGAUUCAUGGCGAUAUACGAAAUCUAUUACUACUAUUAUUAUUAAUCUUACGAAUUUUGAUAUAUAUAAACUUUUUGAGAAUUGUAUAAUAAUUUACAUACAUAAUAUUUAGGUUUGAUCUUCAAAUUAAAUUAAGUUUGUUUUAUGUGCAGGAUCCGAAGAGUCGGUACCCGGUAGUGGUGCGGUUCAACAAAGUGAACUACGCAAAUGUAUCUACAAACAACUACGCUUUGGAUGAAGUGGAAGCUGUUGCCUGAACUCACAUGCCACUUUUAAAUUUGUAGCAUCCUUAUUUCCUACUUUCAAAUAUCAGACCCCUGUAUCAUACAUUUCUCAAUCUUAAUGUGCUUAUUUUUUAACC